AGCAGUUCAGAGAGAACACGUUUGACAACGUAGAGAGCGUUUAGUGUGUUUUUCCCCAGUUUGAGGGUUCGUUAUGAAGACGUUUGACAAGUUGAGAAGUUGUUUGAGAACUCGCUACCAAGUCCAGAACAACACUGUAAGUUAGAGAUGAGGCUAGAGACAGUGAGUUUUAUUAUCAAAUACAAAUAGUAUGAAAACACUGGCCUGUGACAAACAUGUAUCUUGCACCGUAACACGUUGAAUGUCAUUACAGGGGAUCAGUCAAUGAAGGAUUUGCCAAGUUACAGCAGCCUUCUAUCCAUCACAAGCUUUUGGCCUGAACGCAGACAUGAUUGCUCUCAGCAGAAGAUUACUCACUUCCAUCUUCUCAGUUCAGAGGAACAAGUCAGCGUCAUUUGCAAGGUAACCACAACAGUUCUUUCACAGCGGCCUGUCCUGCAGCAUCCCAAUGAACAACUACUGUACGACCCGUAUGGGAAUUUUUUUCAUGAGCAGAUCAACAAUGCCAAGGUUACCUCACGAAGAUCCGGGUGCCUCAAGCGUCUCUACCUUCUUGGGAGGGAAAUGAAAUAGACAACUAUGUCGUGACUGUACCACGCAUCGCGAGCUCAGGAACGUCACAAAUCAAGAGCAGCAUUUGGAAGCAACAAAGAGGACAUUUAAACUGUGUGUACUCAGAUACAUAGCUUUGUUUCGGUUACUUAGUUAGUAGUUACAAGCAUAUGCUGCCUUGCGCGUUAGAAAAAUGUAUUAAAAUUGCCUUUGUAGUAAGCUGUGUAUUUUUAUAGGGACACGCUACAUCAGACAUCAGCUCUGGAUUCAUGGUGUAAAAAUCUGAUACUAACACGGCAAAUUUUGAACUGUAAUUUUGAAAAUUUAAUUUCUCAUCAUGAGAAAAUGAUUAAAUUGCUUGUAAUUUGUAACAAAAGUUAUAGAUAAAACUUAACAUUUCAAGCGAAAAUGUGCUGUGGAUGUGCAAGCUAUCGUUCCUAUCUUUUUUAGUGUGGAAGCUGACAGGACUUGUGCGUACAAAAAUUCCCUAUGGAUCUUCGGGGCAAUCUCAGAAACGACAUUAUAUUAAUUCGCUUGUAUCUGUAUGUUGAUAUAUGCAUAGUUUGCUACAAGUGCUCUUAUUUGGGCACACCAGUGCCACACCUUACCUUUUUGGCUUCAACUUCUGAAUUCAAUUCGACUUGCCUUUUAAUAU